AUGCUUUUCAUAGCAAGUCUUGACUCAUUGUCGUACCCAGAUUCUUCUCAGUUUCCCAAAGGAAAAUUGAAGACUCUGGUCACCAACAAGAACCUAGACAMAUUUCUGGACACCCAAGAUAACAAGCCAAAAGUCACCCUGUUUUCCUCCAAAGGUUCUCCAUCGUUACUCUACCAUCUUGUAGCAUUCACAAAUCAAGAAAGACUUUCCUUUGGGUUUAUAAGUACAGCUACUUCAGAUGGCGAAAUUUUGAGAAGAAAGUUCAAAGCUCAGGCCAAUGUUCCAACAGUGAUGAUUUUCAAAGAAGAAAAGUCGGUGCCUGAAGUUGUUGUGAUGGGAUCUGAGUUGAAGAGUGGAAAACUACGCGAGGUGGUUGAAGCGAACAGAUUCCUUAUCCUUCCUCGGCUCUCCAGCCAAAAGGUGUUUAACGAGCUAUGUCCUGAGGAGAGAUUUAGAUCACAGCGAAAACUUUGUGUGGUGCUAUUUACAAAGAAGGGUGAACACGAUCAAGAGAAAGCAAAACUAAGACUAUUAGCUCAGCAAGACAUCUUUCCUUCUGAACGUGUCCAUUUUACGUACAUUUACGAAGAUAUUCAAACCCGUGUAGCGACGGCCAUCAGACAGGGUUUGCCAACAACAACUAACAACAAUGUCACAGUAUUGAAGCUUGCGAUCAUUUGGAAUUCUGGGAACGGUGAACUGAGAUACGCCUGGUUGCCAGGGGGAUGGCAUGUGAAUGACAAUACUGCCGCUGACCCGGCCACACUGCUAAAGAAUAUGCUGAACAACAUUAUCAGUGGAUCUGGUAAACUCAAACAAAAGACUGACAUACCGGCCUUCUAUAACGAAGAAAUUCCUGGAGCGUUUUUUAGGGUGAUCAAUAGGGUCAAAGAUGCCUCUUCCUAUGUCUACUAUCUAAUGACAAGGAAAGAAAGUYUAUCCGUGUUUACAAUGGUGAUUGGUUUGUUAUUCAUUGGCGCUGUCAGCGUGUUUCUCCCACACAAUGAGCCCCAAAUAAAGCACCCUCCAAAGCGCAAAACCAAGCCAUCACACCAAGAACACGCUCUGGGUUUCAUUCAACUGAAGAAGUCUACAGAAAAAGAACUUGUACGAAACGGAUCACCAGGUCAGCUCACCGUCACGAUUCUACUGGAUAGCCUGACAAYAGACGAAGCUGCAGUGUCGCCUUUGUUACAAGCUUACGAUGAUAUUGUGGAUGGGUUUAGAAGCAUGCAGAAUUCCCGGGUAUUCUUCAAGUUUGUUUGGCUCUCCAUUCCCGACAACCUUCAGUGGUGCACUGAGGUUAUGAACGUUGACAAAUUCGGCGAAAUCACACCCGGAACUGUCUUGGUCCUCAAUGGGCACAGAAAAACAGUGUCAAUAUUCAAACCUACGGACUUAACGAAAACAGAGUUUUUUAAUAGCCAAGAUGGUGGGYUAAUGGGUUUUGAGGAUAGCGAUAGUGAGACCGACGUCCAAGACGAUGCUUUAGAAGAAUACGAGAGAAAGCGUCAAAAGGUGUUGAGCUUAUCACUGAGAAAAGAGUUGCCAGGAUGGCUGGAGAGGCUCACGGAGGGGAUGGUAAAGAGAGAAAAGCUCGAGGAAUGGCCAGCGAUGGAAGACUGAGAUAAYAUUGUACAAAUUUUCAAAAUAUAAAAUGACUUUUUAAUAUGACGAGAAGAGAUGUGAGCUCGUGCGUCUCGACGUCUUACUGGCUAAUAGGGAAUCUUUAUGUCCCUGUGGUGCAAUAAAUGGUGCAAUAUUUAUUACGUCAUCGUGUUUACCAUGGCAAUGUAACCACUCGCAUGGCCUUGGAUACCGUCAUGUCAAGAUACUCAAGUACAUUGGCUAAUUUAUUUCCUUGGCAACUGACUAUUACUGACUAUACGGGAUUUCGGAUACCAACGCAAUACUUGUUUACGUUGGUUACAGAUUAAGGACGCCAGUAGAAAAGGUGAUGGCCUGACUCGUUACCAGUUGUCAAUCUGACAUUUUGCUCUGGAAGGGGUUGAUUUAAGGAGGAAAAAGUCGCCCUUCCCAGGAUGCAAAGCGAACCGAAUAAACCAUCCUUAUCAAUCAUUUCGCAAGAAUGAGGUGACUGGCUUUUCCUUUCUACUUAGAAUUUGUGACUUGUUUUAUAUAAUAAAUACUCUAUUUGA